CUACUGACGAGUCUGUCGAUUUUCGUCUUGUCGAGAGAAGGGGCGUUGCUUUUCCGUUGUAACCGCCGACUUUCUUUUUUCCGAAGAAGACAGUUGUAAAGGCAGACCCAAAAAUGAACAGGCUAACGACACUCUCCGGGCAAUUUGCUCAUCGUAGCAACACCGCCUCGAGCAUCACCACUCCUGGAAAUCCAGACGAUGUUGUUAUUUGCGCGGCUCUCCGGACGGCGAUUACGAAGGCAAAAAGAGGUGGCUUCAAAGACACAUAUCCUGAAGACCUUCUGGCGAAUCUGUUAGCGGCUCUAUUGAAGAAAACAAAUAUUGAUCCGAACCGGAUUCAAGACGUCUGCAUUGGAAAUGUCUUGCAGCCCGGAGCUGGUGCCCUGGGAACGCGGAUUGGCAUGCUUAUGGGAGGAUUACCGGCGUCUGUCCCAGUAAACGUCGUCAAUCGACAAUGCAGCAGCGGCCUGCAGGCUGUUGCCAACAUCGUCGCGGCCAUUAGGGGCGGCUUCAUCGAUGUUGGUAUUGGUGGCGGUGUUGAGUCCAUGUCACACUUUGAGAUGAUGAAGACGCUCAACCCCGAAAAGCUAUCGGAGAGAGUGUUUCAAGAUGAGCAAGCACGCAAUUGCCUCAUUCCCAUGGGGCUCACUUCGGAAAAUGUCGCCGAGAAGUACGGUAUCAGUCGUGAGGCUCAGGAUCAGCUGGCGAAGGAGACUCAUGAAAAGUGUGUGAAGGCUCAAGAGCAGGGACUUUUCAAGGAGGAAAUUGUUCCGCUUCGUGUGAAGGUAAAGGAUGCCAAUGGGGUGGAGAAGGAGGUUACAGUUGACACUGACGAAGGGCCACGAAAAGGCACGACAGUCGCAGACCUUGCUAAACUGAAACCCGCAUUUCAGGCGCACGGAACGACUACCGCCGGCAACAGCAGCCAAGUCUCUGAUGGAGCUGCCUUGGUUCUGCUGGCCAGGCGGUCGACAGCAGAGAAACUUCGGCUUCCAAUUUUAGCAAGAUUUGUGGCUUUCACCGUCGUUGGCGUACCCCCAGAGAUUAUGGGAAUCGGCCCGGCAUUUGCCAUUCCGGCUGUUUUAGAGCAGGCAAGCUUGUCGAUGGACGACAUUGACAUUUUUGAGCUCAACGAGGCAUUUGCUUCGCAAGUCGUGUACUGCGUGAACAACCUCAAAAUUCCUAAGGAGAAAUUAAACCCCAAAGGCGGAGGCAUCGCUUUAGGCCAUCCUUUAGGAUGCACAGGCGCUCGUCAAAUCGCAACCCUUUUACCGGAGCUCAGAAGGAGGAAAUUGCGUUAUGGUGUUGUGUCCAUGUGUGUGGGAACUGGAAUGGGCGCAGCAGCCAUCAUUGAGAACCUGGUACGGUAGCGAUAGAAACGCCGAAUGUUCGCUUGCUCGCGUAAUGGUCUCAACAGGAUCUCCAAGGUCCAUGCGGAGUAGACGCCCUGUCUAAACGCCCUGUCUACCCACACACGCGCACCAUUUUCCAGGCCUGAUCGGGUGUUAACUUGCGAGAUUGUUUUGCCAUACGUUAUACACCUUUCCCUCGAAGCUGUCACAAAGCCUCUAAAACGAGAAACGGCUCUGGAGAGGAAUGUAUUCAAGAAAUGAAUUUUUCUCGCA